GUCCGAGAACUCAACGGACACAUAUAUAAAGCCACGUAAGGGGCUCAAGAGACUGAUUGGUUUUAGCCAGAAGAAAGCCCUCCGAGCUCCUCACGUCUCCCGGCCUCCACGAUCUCUUCUUAAUUUUCUUCCAAUCUUGUCUUUGGACAUGGUACGGUCUCUCUUCUUCCUAGUGUCUGCUCUUGCAAUCAUUGGAUCCGUCGCACAUGCGGCCGUCGUGGAGUACACUUUUGAGGUGGCUAACUUGACCAUAACUCGGCUGUGCAAAAGCAAAGUCAUCACAGCAGUAAAUGGGACGCUGCCCGGUCCAACCAUCGAAGUUAACGAGGGUGAUACGUUGAAGGUUCACGUCAUCAAUAUAUCGCCCUACAACAUGUCGAUCCACUGGCAUGGGGUGUUUCAGAUGCUAAGUGGUUGGGCUGACGGGCCUGACAUGAUAACUCAAUGCCCAAUACGACCCGGGAAGAGAUACACUUACCAAUUCAAUGUCACUGGCCAAGAGGGAACGCUGUGGUGGCACUCCCACGUCUCGGUCCACCGAGCUACAGUCUAUGGCGCCCUCAUCAUCCGACCCAGAGGAGGACGCCAAGCCUAUCCCUUUCCCAAACCUUUCAAGGAAGUCCCCAUUCUACUAGGCGAGUGGUGGAUUGACGACGUGGUGGACGUCCACCACCAGGCAUAUUUAACGGGUGGCGCCCCCAAUAUUUCCGAUGCUUUUACCAUCAAUGGAAAGCCCGGCGACCUCUACAAUUGUUCCAGUACAGAGAUCUAUAAGAUGGAGGUGGAGCAGGGCAAGACCUACAUGCUCCGGAUCAUCAACGCUGCACUCGGUAACCAGCUCUUCUUCAAGGUGGCUGGACACUCCUUCACAGUUGUCGCCGUGGACGCCAGCUACACCAAGCCCUACAAAACUGAUGUGGUGGUCCUCGGACCUGGCCAGACCGUGGACGCCCUCAUGGUCGCCAACGCCCCGCCAGCCCGCUACUACAUGGCCGCCCAGGCGUACAUCACCACGGCCCCUCCACCUCCCCCUCGUCCACCCUUCGACAACACCACCACCACCGGUAUAGUCGAGUACAACUCCACCAACCCAUCUUCGCAACAUGUGACGGCAACCAUGCCCUCCUUCUUCGACAGCGGCAUCGCCGACCACUUCUCCACCAACUUAACCAGUCUGGUCAGGCCAGGCGAUCCCACCGUGCCUCUCCAGAUGGAUGAGCGAAUGUUCGUAGUUUAUGGAUUCGGCAUCGCUGCUUGCGAACCGGGACAAGUGUUAUGCAAUCAGACUCAAGGAGCGCUCGCCGCUCGCAUGAACAACGUGUCCUUCCAGUCCCCCACGACGAUGUCCUUGUUGGAGGCACAUUUCAAGGGUGUCAACGGGAUUUACACGUCCGACUUUCCCCAGAAGCCGCCGAUGACAUUCGACUACACAAACGCCAGCGUGAACGCUGCUCCAGCUCCGCAGCCACUGAUGUUCACGGCGAGGGCUACGAAAUUGAAGAAGUUGAAGUACAACUCCACCGUCGAGAUGGUGCUGCAGAACACGGCGAUCCUCGGAGUCGAGAACCACCCAAUGCACCUCCACGGCUUCAACUUCUUUGUACUGGCGCAGGGGUAUGGGAACUACAACGCGACGACGGCAGUGAAGAGAUACAACCUGGUGGACCCGCAGGUGAGGAACACCAUCGGCGUUCCCGCCGGCGGUUGGACGGUUAUCCGAUUCACCGCCAACAACCCAGGUGUAUGGAUCAUGCACUGUCACCUUGACGCCCACCUGUCGAUCGGGUUGGCGAUGGCUUUCGAGGUGGAGAAUGGACCCACGCCGGAAACUACCCUUCCACCACCCCCUCCGGACUUUCCCAGUUGUUAGAAGAAGCAGAUGAAGGAAGCAAACAGCUGGGAACAUGGUUUUCCUAGUUUUCUUUUGUUGUGCCAUUACACAGUGUCAUUCCUUUUCUUUUGAUCUUUUUUGUAAAAAAAAAAAAAAAAAAAAAACUUAAAGAUGGGUUUGAUGGUUCCUUCAGAGCUCAAAAUAAGAGCUAGGGUUUAAAAAUGAUCAUUUUGUGAAAUGUGUGGACUGCCAAUAAAAAGCCAAGUUUUCUUAUUUCUGGGCCA